AUACAUCUAGGCAAAAGGAGCAGAUGUGUGAAGAGGACCAAUUCAAAAUUCUUGAAGAAAGAUGCCAGGUCUCAAAUACCUCGAGGCAAGAGGAGCAGAUGUGUGAAGAGGACCAAUUCCAAAUUCUUGACGAAAGGCAUUGCAUGUCAGGAGGACCCAAGUCAGAGGAGGUAGCCGGCCCUUCUAGGGGGAAGGGACCAGUCCCAUAUGUUGGGGAUGGCUACAGUCAUUUGGUGGGACUAGACUUCGUUAUACAAGCUUUUCGGAAGCCACUCUAUGGAGACCAUUUCUUGGAGGUUUCUUAUGAUUACAUCUACGACAAGGGACGGAUUGAGAUCUUGAUUGUUGUCACUGGCAACAUUUGCCUCGUCGAGGAGUUGUACCUCCGGAGUGUCGCGGACGAGGAGAUGGCGAGAUGUAUGGCAUAUAUCAGCAAGAUCGAUCCUGCCGCAUCUUUUGACAUCAGCUAUGUGGUCCUAGAGUCGAUAGCCACUCAGGUUCUCAAUGAUGAGGAGGACCAGCGUUGGGUUCGGUGUCCGAUGGGGAUUUGCAAUGCGCUUGCCACGUUUCAGCGAGCGAUGAACAUGACGUUCCAGAACUUCGUCAACAAGACACGGUUGACGCAAGGAAUGAUUAACUUCUGCGUGAUCGUGUACAUGGACGACAUCCUGGUCUAUUCGGAAACCUAUCACGUGCACGCGCAACACAUCGAAUGGACAUUGGGUGCAUUGAGAGACGCUGGGUUCAAGAUUGCGCUUGAGAAGAGCGAAUUUUUCCUCUCGGAAAUUUCGUUCUUGGGCUAUGUCGUGACACGUGGAGGAUUGCGGCCAGAUUCGAGAAAAGUUGCGGCGGUGAAGGAAGCUCCGGUUCCCACGUCACUGACGCAGGUUCGAGCCUUCUUGGGACUGGCGUCGUACUACUGUCGCUUCAUCAAGGGCUUUGCCGCGAUUGCACGACCAGUAACGAAUCUGUUACGGGAGGACCAGCCUCUCAGCUGGAACGCGGAGUGCGAGCAGGCCUUUGCAACCCUCAAGGACGCUCUGGCAACGGCCCCUAUUUUGAUUAAACCGGACCCCUCGAAGGAGUUCAUUCUCAUCACGGACUGGCAACCGGAAGCUAUUUCCGCUAUUCUAGCCCAGAAGGGGAACGAUGGUCGCGAACACGUCAUCGAGUACGCGUCACGAACCGUACCGGACGAACGAAGAAACGACUCCGCACCUCAGGGUGAGUGUUAUGCGGUAGUUUGGGGAAUCCAACACUUUCAUCCGUAUCUCUACUGGCAGAAGUUUCGCCUCGUAAGGGAUCACGAGCCUCUGCUGGCGCUGAAGAAACUCACCAACUACACGGGCAUGAUUGGCCGUUGGGCGGUGCGACUACAAGAAUACGACUUCGAUAUCGUCCAUCGAAAGACAGAGCGACACGACAACGUGGACGGGCUGGCACGUCUUCAUCGACCUGCCAAGGCGUGGAGGACCAACGUGGCAGGAGAUCUUUUAGGAUUCGUCUUUGGAGCAGUGGAUUGGGGAAACCGAUCACAGAUCGCGGGCGAACUUACGAUCGUGAUCGCGCGAUUGGCCGACGAACUCCCUCUCGACAUCGUCUCUCAGAGCGACGAAGAACCCGUGCCACAUACCCUCUCAAGGACUCUCGCCCCGAGCCUCCAGUGGUCGGCUUGUAUCGAGGAGCGCUGGGCGGAUGGCCGUUUUCCCUCCCGUAGCGAGUACCUGGACGUCCACAGCCUGACUAAUCCCCGCUUCUUUCGGCAACCAAMGGCGUUCGAGUGGGCGGCGCUGAGAGCAGAAGAGGAGGCCGAAGAGGAAUCGGAAGGAGAAUUGAGGAGAGAGGCCGGGGAAGCAGCGGCCCGAUUGGCCGAGGACGAGGAAGAAGAGCGCGAAGCAGAAGAAGAGUCGGCGGAAGCUGAAGAAGAAGAAGAAGAAGAAGAAGAAGAAGCAGAGGAGGAGACUUCGGAGGAAGAGGAAGAGGCCUAUAGCGAGUACAGCGAGGGCGAGCAAAGUGAGGAGGAGGACGAAGACGACGAAGAAGUGGAAAGCGGGGACGACCAGGAGCCAACACACGACGAGCUCGAGUGGGUGCCAGGACCGGAUCGACGAGAGGAGAACCCGGAUGCUGCUGCGCAGCGCAAGAAAGAGAUCGCGGAAGGAAAGUGGUUGGCGAUCGAUCUCGCACCGAACGAUCCUUUCAAGGAUCCCGAGCCGCCCAAGCCGGAACAUGGAGACCUUGAUGCCACAACCUCGGGAGCCGCGACGACAAGGCGCUGAUCCCGAUCCCGAUCCACGUCCCCCUCCGCCUCCGCCCGUCCCCCAAUUCGUCAACGUGUCAAUGAGGGGCUUAGCCCUUCGUCCC